AAAAAAAGGGAAAGUAUUUUGUCACCUUCUUUGUUCCAUACCACAAACAUUUCACUCGAAGAAAUCUCGUGAGAUUUACAGAACUCGAGAGUUUGCGUCACCCGGAAGUUAGCUUACCUUAUUUUAGUGUGUGUGCGCUUCGGAAUACGGCUGUGUUUUGGAUUCUCCGCAGAAUAUUGUUGCAGCUGCAGCAACGAUGUCUUCUGUUGAUUCUCUGAGAGAAUUUAUCAGUGACCGACUGACUGCAGCUGCUGAAGAAAUAUUCAGACAGUUCGAAAAAACCAUCGUCCAGUAUGAGGAAGAGAUGGACCGUCAGCGCAGACUGCUGGAUAGAAGCUGGAACGGACAUAAAAGCACAAUAACAGCAGACCUCCAACAGAAGCACACUUGGAAACAGAAACAGAAUGUCGCUGACCAGCACCUCUUCAACCAAGAGAGGAGCUGCAGCCAGAACCAGAAAGAAGCAGAAUCUCCACAGAUCACAGAACAGCAGGAGGAAGAGGAGAUGGGCUGUCUGCUGGAGAACAUCUGGGAGCCAGAACUGGAGCUUCACAGAGCAGAUCUCCAACAUCAUCCUGAAUUUAAAGAGGAGUCCACUCUGAAGCAGGAGGAAAUGGAUCGUCUACAGAUCAAAGAGGAGGAGGAAGAUCAGGUGGCGCUGAAGACUGAUGUCUUUGAGGAAAGUGACCCGUGUGAAUCCGAAUCCACCAGUGCUCAGUUGCUGUCCAACAACAUUUCUGAAGAGGAGAACCAGGAUCAGCAAAGAAGCAACGCUGAGCCCUCGAGAUCAACCACAACUGCAAAACUGAAGACCAAGAACAGCAUCAGUGCAGGUAACUUUCCUCUCUCAGAGACUCUGACAGACAUGAGUGAGAGGUCUGACUGGAGGAGUCCCAGCAGGACCUUCUCGUCUCACCCGUCCACACUGAGAAGACGGACAAGACCCUACGAGCCGGCUGAGAGCUCCUACUUCUGCCACGAGUGCGGCAAAUGCUUCAAUCAGCGCGGCAGUUUGAAAGUCCACAUGAGGACUCACACGGGCGAAAAGCCCUUCUCCUGUAGCCACUGUGGAAGACGGUUCACCCGAAGUGGAGAUCUGUCCAGCCACAUGCGAACGCACACGGGCGAGAAGCCCUUCUCCUGCCAGAUCUGCGGAAAGAGCUUCAGUCAGAGCUGUAAUCUGCUGUGUCACCUGAGGACGCACACAGGUGAGAGGCCCUUCUCCUGCCAAAUCUGUGGAAGAAAGUUCAACCGAAGAAACAACUUGAAGACCCAUAUGAAGGCCCACACCUUAGAGCAGCCCCCACUCUGAAGCUCCUGCACCUGGAUUGAGGGGUUGUGGGAGAUCAAAAGAUCCAUUCAGGAGAA